UGAUGUCCUGCCCCCGCCCGAGCAGGUGGCUGGCCCCUCCCCUGGGCAAGUACGCACUGCUGGAGCGCGGGCCCUAAUGGGCUGCUCUGUGCCCUCCUCCUGGGCUUAUAUGUGGCCCCACUUAGACUCCCGGGCAUGGGGCUCGCUGCUCAACCUCAGCUAUGGACGAGUUGCGCCUGCUGGACGCGCUGGUCUACCUGGAGGGUUUCAUGGCUUUCGUGGUCUACGUGGGGCUCACGUUGGUGGGCUCUUCCUACGGCCGCUACUCAUCGCAGUGGCACGGCCCCCGGCUUCCCGCUAGACCCUCCUGGUUCCUACAGGAGCUACCCUCGAUGGUCUGGCCGCUGUACGAGUUCGUCCGUCCUGCAGCCGCGCGAAUGGGCAGCCUUCCCAACCGGGUACUGCUGGCCAUGUUUCUGAUCCACUACUUGCAAAGGACGCUGGUUUUCCCAUUCCUAAUCCAGGGAGGGAAACCCACCAUGCUGUUUACCUUUGUCUCGGCGUUCCUGUUCUGCACCUUCAACGGCUACCUGCAGAGCAGAUACCUGAGCCAGUUUGCGGUGUAUGCUGAAGACUGGGUGGCCCAUCCCUGUUUCCUGACGGGUUCUGCCCUGUGGUUAGCGGGCAUGGUGAUAAACAUCCAUUCGGACCACAUCCUGAGGAAUCUGAGAAAACCAGGGGAAACCGGAUACAAAAUACCCACGGGAGGCUUAUUUGAAUAUGUAUCUGCAGCCAACUAUUUUGGAGAGUUGGUGGAAUGGUGUGGUUUUGCGCUGGCCACCUGGUCCCUUCGGGGCGGAGUCUUUGCCCUGUUCACCUUCUGCGUGCUGUACACCAGAGCGAAGCAGCAUCAUCAGUGGUACCAUGAGAAGUUUGAAGAUUACCCCAAAUCAAGAAAAAUACUAAUCCCAUUUGUGCUUUAGUGUGUUGUCAGUGGCA